CCGUUCAGUGAAGGAUUGAGUGUGUCUUUUCAACGGUGGAGGGAUGGCCCAGAUGAGAUGAAUGACAGAAUCAGCAGGGAGGCGGUGGAGAAAUGUCUGGAAAGACAGAAGAAAUGGGAAGGCAGCAGAACCAGACGAGGUACCUUACGAGAUAUACAAGAAUGGAGUGGAAGAUGUGAUUGAUAGUUGAAACAGGCACAAGUAUACAAGUGUUUAGGAAUGUGGGUGAGUCCGAACGGGUGUGAAAAGGCAAAGAAUGGAAAGAGGAGGUCGACUGGUAAGCGCAGGAAGGAUGAGCGAGUAAGUGUAACAUGGUGAGGGAAGUGUGGAAGAGUGUGGCUGUGCCGAGUAUAAUGUAUGGUAUGAGUGUGAUUGCUUGGAACAAAAGUGAAAUUGAUAAGUUAGAAGUGGGGCAGAAUAGAGUAGCAAGGAUGGCACUGAGUGCACCGAGGUACUGUAGACAGAAGUGAAAUGUGUGGGACUGAAUUAAUGGAAGAACAAGAUGGAAGGAAAGAGCUCCGUGGAAUGGUACAAGGAGAAAGAGGCCCCGAUGUAUGAAAGGUGGUAUGAGGGAAGCCUGGAUGGUGAUCUCUUCCGAGCGAGGCCACAGUGUAUGGAUGUGAAUGCAAGGAAUUACAGAUGGUCUGAGUCCCGCAGCAAAGUGUGCCAGAUGUGUGACACGGGAGAGGAUGGGACGGUGUUUGUGGUGCUGGAUGAUGCAAGUGAUUCUGACUGAGUUAGGGCGUAAUAUGAAUGAAAGAGUGGAGAAGACAGAAAGGGAGUGAAUGGUGGUGCUGCUGAGACUGUCUGGAGAAACCAAUGAAAGGAUGAUUGAGGCUGUGGAGGAGUUUCUAGAGAGAAUGUGGCGUGUCAGAUGCAGGGACAAUUAAUUUGUUUUUUUUUUUUUUUCUUUCUACGAGUUGCCGAUCCAAAGGCAUGGCUGAGGAGCAUGGAGCUAUAAUAUACAUCAAUGCCCGGGAGUGAUCCCGAGCCCGGUCCUGUAGCGACAUUAUCAAGAUCAAGAUCACUGGCGCCAAAAGUCCCUGUUUAUGGUCACUGGUGGAGGGAUCAGAGGCGGCGUCCGCGUGGUGCUGUGGUCAGUGGUCAGGGCACGCCGAGUGUGCGGCAGAUUGCGCCUGUGUUUGAGCUGGCCUGGGUCACCUGUGGCCACCUGGUCACCUGUCUACUCUGUGUCUGGUGGAGGGAACAGAGGCGGCGUCCGCGUGGUGCUGUGGUCAGUGGUCAGGGCCCGCCGAGUGUGCGGCAGAUUGCGCCUGUGUUUGAGCUGGCCUGGGUCACCUGUAGCCACCUGGCGGAGUGGCGGUGCCUCCCUGGCCUCACCUGAGGGCGUGCAGCAGGACACCAGUGGUGAGAGAGCAAGACCCAACCAGCAAAUUCCCCAUCCAUUCUGCCCCAGAGACCCUCAGCAGGACAUCAGUGGUGAGAGACAAAAAGACCCGACCAGCAAGCCCUCCCAUCCAUUCUGCCCCAGAGUCCAUCAGGUUAUUGGCCGGCAUGUCCUCCUGUCCAUUCUACCCCAGAGCCCCUCAGGUACCAGAUUGGCAUCCAGUGGCGGGACUCCCUCUGUGCAUCCUCGGUGCAGCCCCAGUGUUCCUGCAGAACUGACCACUACCAAGAGCAGUGUUGCAAUGGAGGAUGUGAUGCCAGGCAGCAGCAGUAGCAGCAGUAUGAACAGAUGGGAACAGUUGCUCUUCUAGA